AGCGAUUCACUCGGGGAGAGGAGAGGACAGGCUGCAGCACGCCGCCGUUAACCUAACAAACCGAGCAAGCCACACCUAUUCCGCGUCGCAUUCCUCUACAGACCAGCGAGGCGCAGACACCCACAGCCCACAGCGCGAAAUAGAUAUCGAUGGCAGAGGAGGUGAAAGAGAUCCCUGCAGCUCAGAUGUUGGCUGCAGUCUCACAGGUUGGCACAGCGCCCCCUGCUGUCAACAUCCCAGCGCGGCAACCCAGCCCCCUCUGCCUGCCUCCACAGGACCCGACCACGGAGGAGGGCACCCUGCCUUACCCUCGCUCCCCCCGGCUGUCCCGAAAAGCCAAGCAGCCAGCAACACUGUCCCGGGAAGCGCUGUCCAGGCACUUGGAGGAGUUGCAGGCGGAAAGAUCCGGAACGGAGGCCCAUUUACAGUCUCUGAAGAAAAGGAGCGAUGACUUAUCGCGGAGCGCGGAGGCCAUGAAGCAGCAGAUUGGGGAGCGCUUUGAGAUCAUGCGGCAGGCCCUGCAGCGGGAGGAGCAGGCGGCCGUGGACUGGGUCGAACAGGACCGCAGGGAGGCCAGCGGCCGCCUCAACCGGGUCCUGAAGGACUGGACGCAGCACCUGAACCAGGUCCAGAAGAACAUCGUCUGCGCGAAGAGGGCCUUGGAGCAGGCCGGGAAGGAGGGACCUCAGGAGUACACUGGGGAUCUAAGCUGCCGUAAAAAGGAGGACGCGGCACAGGAGGGGAUCAAAAUGAGUGAAGGCAGGUUCCAGAGGCUGCUGAAAGCGCUACGCAACAUUUCAAAGGACCUCCAAGCCCAGCUCCAGCGAAGGAACUUCCUGCUGGACUCCGUGGCGGUGCAGAUAGACAGACAGGCCUGUAACAGACACAUCGCGCUGGGGCGGGACCAGAGGCUGAUGUACUUCACCAGCGAGCCCCGGGCGGGCCCGGAGCUCCCCCUGCAGUUCGACCGGGUGUGCUGCGCCCUGGGCUCGGUCGGCAUGGCGACGGGGAGGCACUACUGGGAGGUGGACGUGGGGUGCUGCUCGGCAUGGGCGGUGGGCGCCACCUACGCCUGCAUCGAGCGCAAGGGCGUGGAGAAGGGCGCCAAGCUGGGCCGCAACCGCCACUCGUGGUGCGUGGAGCUGCGGGAGGGGCGCCUCUCCGCCUGGCACAACGACCACCACGUGGCCUGCCGGGUCGGCGGCCGCAAGCCCCUGCGGAGGGUGGGCGUGCUGCUGGACUACCAGAGGGGCCGGCUGGCCUUCCACGACGCGCGCACCAUGAAGCAGCUGCAGGAGUUCUCCGCCGUGCUCACGCCCGUGUUCGACCGCAUGCACCACCAGUUCAUGGAGCCCGUCUUCCCCGCCUUCCGCUUCUUCAGGCCCGACGCCGGCCAGCUCGGGCCCAGUCACAUGGAGGUCUGCGACCUGCACCUUUAAGAGCCGUCCCGGAGCCAAAAUGGCUUCCACCGUGCUACUCUGUGUCUGAUGUACCGAUGGCACUUAUUUGAAGAAAUUCGGUAAAAAAAAUGUCUGCUUUGGCCAAACAUUCCGAGGGCAAACCUGCCAGGGCACUAGACGUCUUCCAACAGAGUGGGGUUAUAUUUUAAUAGCGUUUUUACAUAUUUAUUUUUCAGUUAGGAGGGAGUGGAUCAAAUGUGUGAUGUUAAUGUUUACUGAAAAACACAAUAACUUUUUCUUUUUUUUACUACAGUUCAGUGACACUGGGCCUUUAUACUGUUGCAAGUGCAGUUCUAAAUUCCAGAUUUAAGCAAACCAAACCUACAGUAUGCUCACUUAGUAAUUAGGUAACUAUGAAACUGUUAUUACUCUUAAUACUAUUAUGCUACUAGUAACGUAAUGACAGUAUCAGCAAAGGCAAGCAGUGGUCUGAGGUAUAAAAGCAGGGGUGCAUUCAGGAUGGAUGUUUAUGCCUUUCCAGCUUGACUGCCACAUUUACUCUGGAAGGUUCCAAGUCUUACGCAACAAAUCUUUGAAAUAUGCUUGCUUCCUUUUGGUGCGAAUGCCAAGGGUGUAACCAGAAGCAGAGAAUGCUGCAUUUAAUCCUGUAUGAUGCAAGCUUGCCCUAUCAGCAGCCAUAGUAACAGUGGUCUGCAGUCAAGACAUCGAACAUCGACAUAGUCAGAAUUUUGCUCUGAAUGUUGUGUAUGUGUGUGUGUGUGUGUGUGGGUGUGUGAGUGAGUGAGUGAGUGAGUGAGUGAGAGUGAGAGA